UUGUGAAUAUAACCGGUGUUGUGCAUAAACAAUAAAUGUUUGUUUAUUUCAUAAAAAUAAAUUAUUUUGGAAAAAUCAAAGCAAUUUAAAAUAUUUUAAGUGCAAAAUGAUGAAUAGACCUAAACCAGGUGAAACCGAGGAGGAUAUUUUGCGUAUGCAGCAAAAGUUUCUAUCGGAAAAGGCCAAAAAUCCAAAGAUACAGCCGGCAGCACAAAUUGUGAAAAUUGAAAAACAACCUAAGAAAUCCUUAUUUGCUCAAUUGCGAGAACAGAAACAAUCACCGGCUCCUACACCUGUUAAAAAUGAGGAAUCGGCAAACGAAAAGCUCAUCUAUGAUGAAAUUCAUCACAAAAUUGUAGGUGAUCAAAAUGAGAACCAAACAAUAACCGAUAUUAUAAUGGGUGAUAUUGUGGAAAAUAAAGUACAACAACCUAAACCAUAUAUGGCUAACGAAGUAAAGGAAGCAGCAGCGUUUCCUAAAAUUCACAAAAUUAACCUUAAAGUUGAGGCAAAUCGACCCACAAAAGAUAAAAGCUUAUUUGCUCAACUUAUGGAACAAAAAUCUAAACAACAAGUUGACACAAUGGAAUGCGAUGAACCUGUAGCUGAUGAGAAAAACGCUAAUUUAACCGCUAUGUAUGGCGAGAAAAGUGUUAUUGUAGAAGACGCCAAAACAGCGGAGGAAGUUCAUAAAGAGAACUUGAAUAUGCUGUGCCAAUUGAGGGAGGAAGAAAUAUUGGCAGAACGCAAAAAACUAUUGGAAUCUAUAGAUCCUGCUCUAGUUGCCUUAUUGGCUAAUAAGAGAAAAGAAAAAACUCAAGCAAAACUACAAAGUUCCUUAAUUUCAAAUAACCCAGAGGUUAUGGAUACAUCUGGCAGUAAUAUUAAAACAGAAGAUAAUGCCUUAAAAGAUUUACCAUCUUCAAACCCCGCUGUUGAAUUGAUAGAACGUUCUGCAGCCGAGCAAUGGAUACAUUUUGAUGUUGUUGAAAAAGAUAAACUCGAAUGGAUGCGUGAUAUACCAAUGCAGGCUAGCAAAUUGAAAGCGGGAGAAAAAUUUGAAGCACGUUUCGACUGGAAGGGUGUGCUACUGCCAUAUUCAUUGGCAGAUGUCAAACAAAAACCAGACAAUGAUACCGAUGAUCGUGAACUGUAUUUGCAUGGUGAUGAACCACACCGUCCUGGUUAUACUUUACAAGAAUUAUUCCGCUUGGCUCGUUCGAAUGUUAUGCAACAAAGAGUGUCAGCAUUUAAUGCCAUUGCUGGGAUUUUGAAUAUUUACCAACAGGGCUUUUACGACCAGGUCUUGGAUUUACCUAUAACAAAGAUUUUCUUCUUAUUAAGAUUUGGUUUUGAUGACAAUACGCCUGCUAUGUUAGAGGUAGUGGGAAAGGCUUUAGCUUAUCUAUUUUAUAAUGAAACAGAUGAGACACUACUUGAUUUUACUUAUGAAAAUCCAGGUUGCCAUUGGCAACCUUGUCUAGAAGUCUUAAAUACCAACACAGAUUCAGACGAUCCCGACUCAAUUGAUAAUCUGCAAAAACAUUUGCAGCAAUUACAAGUCACUUUAAAGGGAGCCGCUAUCAAGGCUAAUAUAGAAGAAAACGAAGAAGAAAGUAAAACUUCUAUGAGUGAUUUUCAACUAGCUGAAACCGAUCUAAUUGAUUGUCUUUUAAGAACUAAUAUAUUACAAAGAAUCUAUUUCAUACUAAACUGCGUAAAGCCAGAUAAUAGCACUGUUUCUUCUUGCCUAAAAAUUCUAAUACGUUUGGCUCGUUCUGGCAAAGAAGUAGCCUUACAGAUAGUUAAUAAUGAUGGUUUAAUACAUUGUUUAUUUGAAAAUUUCCUGCCUGGUUUGGAAAAAGUUGACACCACACUUGAAACGCCACCCUUUUAUAUCUAUCCCCAGUACUUGUGUUUGAAAUUGCUACGUAUUUUAGUGUCUUGUAACUUAGGCAUUGCAGUGAAAUUAAUUAAUUUUAAACUAAUAGAUAUUUUGGAAAAUUAUCUCUUUAAUAGGGAGGAUAUAAAGGGUAAACUAAUCAAAGUUCAAAUUGAAUCAUUGCGUAUUUUAAGAUGUUUAUUUUUAUUAAGAGUGGAAAAUAAUACACUUUACAGAAAAUUUUUAUCCGCCUUUCGCUAUAUGAUAGACUGGCACUAUAAUCAUGUCAUUUAUGAAGAGGGCGGACCAUUUUUGAUACGACAACACGCAGCUUCUCUACUAACAACUAUAAGCAGUAUCAGUAGUCCAGUAGGUUCAGAAGUAACAGCACUGUUGGGUGAUAUAUUGCAUGAUUGCUGUUGUAAUUGGUUUUAUAAGGCCAUGCGUAAUGGUGUGAAAGAGUUUUCACAAGCGACUUUGUUGAGUUCGUGUUUAAAUUGUGUUACAUGGUAUGUUCGUCAUACAGAUACAGCGCGUUUUCACAACUUUAUAAAAAAGUAUCUAGAUGAAUUUAUAAAAUCAGACAGUUUUAUUCAAUUUUUAAUAAAUAUAAGUCCGUCUUCAAUAGUCUUACGCGAUUCUGUGGAUAGGCGUACUGUACAUAAUCCUCUGCCAAAUGUGGGUUCGGUUAUAAUGAACGCAUAUGGUCCACAGUUGGUUAUAGCUCAAACCUAUCCAAUAUAUUUGAUAACGGCACUUUGGCGUCUAAUGGAAUUACUUUUAGAACGAAAUGAAAAACAUCUUUUUGAAAUUUUACUCAAACCCGACAUACUGGAGCCAUUAACAAACUUUUUGCGUUCUUUAACGACACGUUGCAAUCGUUAUUUAGCAACAAAUUUCUUUGCGAAAAUGGAAAUGAAACUCAUUUUUAAAUUAUUAUGCUUUGAAGGUUUUCAUACGUAUUUCAAUACUUCCGAAAUGUUGCAAAUUGUUUACAAUUAUCUUUGCUGUUUAACAGCUGAACAAAUACCAGAAAUUGAAGAACUCUUCGAAAGAGUCAUAUUUAAUACACGCUACAUACAAGUUGAGGCAGAGACUUUAAACAAAUGGCGUAAAACCUGUUUAGAAUUGGUAUAUCCUCAUUACAUUGUGGUGUCACCCACCGAAUUGACACUGAUGCUGCCAUUUAGCCAGAUUCCCUUAUUGCCUUCUGAUUGGCCUUAUUUUCAAUUAAAAGUAAUUUUACAAAAUUAUGUGGAAAACGUACAACAUAAAAGCACUCUUGAAUUCUCGGAACGUGAAAUAUUGGAAAUGACUUUGAAUUUUGUUACACAAUUGGAAAAGUCAAAUGAUAAAUUACAGAUUGCUACACCGACAGAGAAAUUAAUGUACUUGAUGAUAGCAUUCAUGGGUCCAGAUUCACAAUUCUUGGACAAGGACAUGCACGAAUUAUUACGCCAACACUUAAUGGAAUUUUAUACACAAUCUCAGAAUAUAAUGUUUCAAUUUGAUGAGGUUUAUCAAGGCAAGUGUAGAUUUGAAAAUUUAUACGCCUUGUUUGUGGAUCAUUUUCAAGCUGCCAGCUAUGGCGAUGAAUUGUUUAGUUCCUUGGUUAUGAUACCUUUAGCACAGAAAUACAAUAAUAAAUGGCGUCGACGUGUAUGGUCUGAUUAUGCUUCUGCUUUACGCUUUCUCAACUGUAAUGAAAAUUUGUUGAUUGGUGGCCUUGAGGCAUAUUUGGAACCGCCCGAGGAGGAAGAGUCACUGAUAAGAGACUACAACAGUGCUUUAAAUGGCAAUUUACUUCGUGUAAACACAUUACCACAUAAAAUCGCUACACAUCAUGUGGAAAAAUUUAAGGAAAGUCAACGCUUAAAGAACCAGUGAGUUUAAACAAACGAAAUAAAAGAACCCAACUACAACCUACAAAAACAAAAGAGCAUGAUUUAUGUGAGUAGCAAAAAUUUUUUGUUA